CAAACAGCACAAGCGCUAGUCCCGCACAUUACGUGUGAAAUUAUUAUUAGACCGCCCAGCCGGUAUAUAUAAAUUGUCAUAACGUGUUUAGAUUACAUCAGGUUGCAGAUGGUGUGGUCAUCAUCAGUGAGAUGUAAAUUGGAUUUUCUUUACACUUAUCCUAUGCUUGUAGUUUUCCGUUUGGGUAAAUUUUAAGCUGCCACCGUGGUGCAAAUCAGCAGUAAAACUUUGGCCGUUUUCUAGAAAUUAUCAUCAGAUUUCUGAGAUCAGAUCUUCGAAAUGGAGAAUCACAAGAGCAUAAGCAACGGCUCUGCAAUGAGCAUAACAACAGUUCCGGAGCCGGAGGACCGAACAGUUGUCAAGCACAGUCUAAGGACCCAAGUCCGAUCCUACCUGAUUGCGCUGCGUCCAUGGUCGUUCGGCGCCUCGAUCAACCCUGUCAUCUUGGGCACUGCGCUGGCCCUCAAAUCCCACUCUGAGCUCAGCCUGAGCCCGGCAAACCUUGUGGUGUUCCUGGCAGCUUUGGUAGCCACGUUGUCGGUGCACGGCGCCGGGAACCUGGUCAACACGUACUACGAUUACUUGAAAGGAAUCGACAGCAAAAAGAGCGACGAUAGGACUUUGGUGGACGGCAUUCUCUCUCCCGACAACGUCGCAACCUUCGGCCAGGUGUUGUACAUAAUCGGCUGCCUGGCCUUAGCGGUCUUGUAUUUCUUCUCACCGGCCAGACUAGAGCACAUUGCGCUGUUGUACUUCGGUGGUUUAUCCAGCUCUUUCCUGUACACUGGCGGGAUCGGGCUGAAGUACCUAGCCCUGGGCGAUUUGGUCAUCAUGUUCACCUUCGGACCGCUGACCGUCAUGUUCGCAUACACCUCCCAGAGCGGGACCCUGCAGCUCUUCCCUUUACUGUACGCCAUCCCCCUGGCCAUGAACACGGAGGCCAUUUUGCACAGUAACAACACCAGGGACAUGGUAUCGGACCGGAAGGCCGGUAUCGUCACCAUAGCCAUGUGCCUGGGCAAAACGGGUUCCUACAUUCUAUACACCUUACUCAUGUUCGUGCCCUAUAUCGUGUUCGCCAUCCUGGGGGUGAACUUCUCCCUGGCGUAUCUCCUGCCCUUUCUCACCCUGCCCAUGGCCUUCAGCCUGGAGAAGGAUUUCCGGAGAGGGGAGAUGGGCAAACUCCCCCAGCGGACUGCCAAGUUGAACUUGAUCUUUGGCGUGUUGUACAUCAUUGCUUGCUUGCUGGUUCCACGGCAGGCAAUGCCAGGGAUUGUAACAAGCCCGCUCAUUUCAAAGUAAAAGAAGACUGCAUAAGGAGUGUCUCAAAACUUGAAACAAUGGGAAUGUCCCACAGUAAAGAGUUAUCCCUUUUUGUAUAAAUUUGAAAACCAGGGUUCCAGAGUCAACACAUUAGUCGUGUCCAUCACAAGUCUGGUCAAAAGUAAAUCAGAAGUCCUGUCACAAUACCAGCCACAGUAAGGCCAAAUUUCAUAGCGCUACUUAACAGUCAGCAGAAAAGUUGUGCUUAUAGCAGAAAAUCAUGCUGCUGCUUAAACACUAUUUCAUGGCAUGGUUUUGCUAACAUUUCUAUUGUAAGGUCACUGAUUUUAGCAACUUGUUACUCUGAGGUUAAUCAUGCUUUUGCCUUGCUUACUGCUUACAGUCUUUAAGAAAUAGAUGGAGGCUUGGUAAGCACAAAAAUGGGCUGUUAAGCGGCGCUGUGAAAUUGGGCCCAGUAGAUGAUACUGUCGUGUCCGUGCAACAAGGUCGUAUCUUCUAUAAAUGAGCCGUACGUGAAACACGAGUUUCAGAAUAUCAAAAGGUUGUAUCUCGCUUAAAAUACCCCGGAUGUACACGCAAAGUCAGUGGACGUCGAGAUACGACCUUGUUGCACGGAGCGUAUUCGCGCGAGAUACGACUUUGUUGCAGAAUGGAGUUACGACCUUGUUGCACUGAUGCAACGAUACAUGUACUUUCCAUGUUCUAAUGGAAUUUCUGAGUUUUGAGGUGCAUCUUUAUUCCUAUCAUUAUUUAUUAUAAUGUAGUUCUUUUACUGCUUUUGUUAUAUAUAUUUAUGUAGUGACUCAACUCAGUUUGUGUUGAACUGAUUUUAAGUUAUGAAACGGCAUUAAGUGCUGCAUAGCAGCAUUUUGAAAGGACUGUGUGCUUUAUGUGUUAUUUUUUUUCUUCAGUCGAACUGACCGACUUUUCUUCUUUUUUGGGGUGAUAUUUAACAAAUACCUUUAUGACUCUUUCAGGAGUAUUAAAGCAUUGGAUGGGUUAUUGUCAAAAGUUCAUUUAGGUUUUGAAUCAGAUUUGAUGUUUUAAAAGUACAGUAACUUAUGAGAUAUUUUACAAAAUAACCUCAGUUUUGACUUCUAAUGUUCAUCAGAGUGUCCUAACUUUUGAAUGUUUUUUUGAUUGAUUUUAUUAUUUCAUUAUUUUUAAUUUGGGAAAAGUGCAAAGAAAUGUGUACAUGUAUGUAUACACGAACUUGUAAUAAUAUUCUUAAUAUUAAUAACUAAACUUGACAAAGGUGCUUUAGAAAAUGGUUCAAAAUGGUUUAAUUUUUGCAAUAGCAAAAUGCAGGGGUAUAUCCCACUCAAAAAUAAAUAAAUACAUGUGAAUUUAAAUUUUACUUGGGCCACUCUCACCUGUGAUGUCACCAACUUCAAUGCCUAUUCAAUGCUUAACCCAGAUCCAGUAUGUCCAGGUGAGAGUGGCCCAAGUAAAAUGUGCACCCUUUCACUUAAUUGAUUGUAUUUCUGGAACGAGGGACCCAAAUGGCCCAGAUUUGCAUUAGGGCUGAAAUAGGACCUAUAUGUACAAUAACUUGAAUCAAUUGUCAAACAAAUUAUCGACUAUAAGGCCAAAAAAAAAA